AUGGACUCCCCGGGACGUCUCCCCGGCGUAGGCCUGGCCGAUUUGAUACGCGCUUCGGAGCUCCUUGCUGACCGGUUCGAUCUUGUGGCCAAGAGCCUCAACACGGCACCAGUCACCUUGACUGCUGUCGCCAAAGAAUGCCGUGCCGUCACCGAUGCUCUGCGCCGUUUCAAGUACCUCCGCGAAACCAUCCCGGAAACACUGGUUUUCGAUCCUGUUCUCCUCGACGAGUCCUGCCAUGACGCCUUGAACUCCAUUUUCAACGACUUGUCGUCACUCGAUAUCUACAGCACACGAAUCCGCCCUGCCACGAGUGACAGUAAUGUCGACAUGUCCUCGGGUCAGAUCACCAUCAUCUGGAACGAAUCGUAUUUAAAGCAAAUGAUUCGUCAAACCAAAAUCAGCCGCCAAUCUCUCGCCUUUCUCCUUAAUUGUGUUCCAAGGGCCCGCCCGCGACCUGAUAUCUACCCCAUCAGCGACCUGUCCGGGAUUCACUCGGCCUUGAAGAGACUCAAGCCGCCUCCGGGCACAAUCUACCGGCAAAGUCCGCGAACGACCAAGGAUCUUCACGACGCCAUCGACCACGAAGACGAGGCUGCUGUGGUGAAACUGUUGCUUCAGAGAAUCGACCCAAAUGUACCUCGCUUUGGCUCAAAGCUUUCGCCUUUGCGCCGCGCUCUCGGCCGCCAGACCCCAUCCCUCGUGACGUUUCUGGUUAUGGCCGGCGCAGAUCUCGAGGACCGCGAUGAUCAAGGCGAAACGAUUCUAAUCACGGCCGUCAAGUACGCGUACUCCGAUAAGAUCAUUGCACUGUUGUGCGACCUUGGCGCAAAUGUCAACGCUGUUGACAACCUGGGAUGCUCCGCUUUUCACCAUGCCGCCAUGUCAGCUAACGAAGACGAUACUCUCGCUGUGCUUAUACAUGCUGGAGCGGACGUCGAUCACAGGGAUUUCGCAAGCCGGACGCCUUUAAUAGCAGCCGUCCAGAAUUACCGUUUCAAAAACAUUGAGAAGCUGCUUGAAUACGGCGCUGACCUAGAGACUCGUCUGCAAAAUGGCCAGACGGCGCUCCAUGUCGCCAUAUCAAUGAAAAGCAGGCCCAUGACGGAGUUUCUCUCAGAUCAGGGUGCCUACCUCGACCGACCGGUCAAUGGGCAUACCGCCUUGACAUACGCAAUAGCCACGGAGUGUUCCGAUAUUGCCGAGGUGCUGAUCGAGGCGGGUGCCGAUGUCAACUUACCUGGUUCACAAGGUAACUUUCCGCUACAAGCCGCAGCCGCAGUUGGAGACCAGCGCACCACAAAGCUUCUACUUUCCCGAGGAGCCAAAUACGAGGCCAUUGGAACUGAUGGGUUUCUACCCGUUCACAUAGCAGCCCAUGAAAAUCAAGUCGAGGUGCUGCGCCUCCUACUCAAGGCCGGAUCCGCGAUCGACCCCAUCACCGAACGCGGCGAGACCCCCCUCACAAUUGCGACAUACUUUGGAUGCUUCGAGGCCGCUCAAUCUCUGAUCGAAGCCGGCGCGGACGUCGACUACGCCACACUUGGGGCCGACAAUAUCAUCUGCCAGGCACUUAAAGCCGGCCACACACGCAUCGCCGUAGCUCUAGUCCAAGGAGGUGCGGACAUCACUUACACGUUACUACGAAACGCCAGCAUGACGCCGCUGCAUCUUGCAGCCCACUAUGGGCAAGACGACGUCCUUGCCGCCAUGAUUAACGCAGGGGCUGACCUAGAGACCCGAACCUGGCCUGGCUUCACGCCGCUCUUUCCCGCCGUCCGGGCUGGCCAUCUUUCUACUGUGCGUCUGCUCCUAGCAGCCGGCGCUUUUCCGAGAGUGCGGUCGAUGUCUGGCGCGAAUCUGCUAUUUGUCGGCAUUGCCGAGCCCGCCAUGAUGAAGCUUCUCAUAGAGAUCGGGCUCGAUAUCCACGAGCGCGACUACCACGGCGCAACGCCACUCCAUUACGCAGCUCUACAUGGCCACACUGCAACAGUGAAGCUCCUACUGCAGCGGGGCGCGACAUUGGUCCAUGCGAGUGCAGUCUAUGAGACGCUCCAUGACUACAAGCAGAAAGGCCCUUAUCGCCAGGGUACUCCCGCCGGCCUUGCACGGCAAACCGGUCAUAUCAAGAUCGCUCGACUAAUCGAGGGCUGGAAAUACAAGCCCUGA